CUUGUCAUCUACUGUCAAAUUGACAGUUUACUAUUAUCAAACACAUAAUAGGCAUAAUAGUGAAUUAUUUGCCUUUUGUUAAAUGCAAUACAACUUUACGUUAUGUAAUCUAGUUAAACUAGUGUUAGAAGUACCUGGUUGUAUAACUACUGAACUUGGGAAUUAAGUAAAUUCGCACCUAAAUGAGAUUUUUGGACCCAAAAUGAAUUAACAAGAAUAAUGUGGGUAACUUGGGAUCCAUUCCAAAUCGUCUAAAGUGGACGGACGUCCUCGUCAGCCAUGCUCAUCAAGGAAUAUCGUAUUCCUCUGCCUCUCACGGUGGAGGAAUAUCGAAUUGCUCAGCUCUAUAUGAUUGCUAAAAAAAGUCGGGAAGAGAGCAGUGGAGCGGGCAGCGGUGUCGAAAUUCUAGUCAAUGAACCUUACAAAGAUGGGCCUGGCGGACAAGGACAAUACACCCGUAAGAUAUAUCAUGUAGGGAGCCAUUUACCAGGAUGGCUGAAAGGCAUCCUCCCUAAAACCGCCCUGAUGGUCGAAGAAGAGGCCUGGAAUGCGUAUCCGUACACCAAAACGCGAUACACAUGUCCCUUUGUCGAAAAGUUCUCCCUUGAGAUCGAGACGUAUUAUUACCAAGAUAACGGACAUCAGGAAAAUGUGUUUAAUUUAACUGGCAGUGAUCUGAGGAAUAGAAUCGUCGAUGUGAUAGAUGUAGUGAAGGAUCAGUUGUAUGGUGCUGACUACGUCAAAAAUGAGGAUCCGGUUUAUUUCAAGUCGGAAAAGUCCGGCAGAGGGCCGUUAUCGGAAAAUUGGCUGGAGGAGUAUUGGAGGGAAGUCCAAGGAAAACAACAACCGUUACCUAAUGGAAAAUCUCUAAUGUGCGCUUAUAAAUUAUGUAGAGUGGAGUUUAGGUAUUGGGGGAUGCAGACGAAAAUUGAGAAAUUUAUUCACGAUAUAGCACUUCGGAAAACAAUGCUGAGGGCUCAUAGACAAGCCUGGGCUUGGCAAGACGAAUGGCAUGGUUUAACUAUGGAGGAUAUUAGGGAAAUAGAAAAACAGACGCAACUUGCAUUGAAGAGGAAAAUGGGACAGGUUGAGGACGAGGAAAUUGACGAAGAUGACAAUUUGAAUAACAGUACACCUAAAGAAGACCCAGUUAAAACACUAGCUGCAACCCUCGGCAGUAUAGAAGUAUCAGAAGACAGUCCCCUAAUGACUAAAAAUUCAAACAUUCCUUCAAUCCAAACCGCAAUUAGUUCCGAUGGUGAUUUAUCACCUGAAGAUGAAACAGGAUUGAAUUGCAAACGCGACGAGAAAUGGCAACGAGGUUUGCAUUCCCCAAGCUCGUCAUCUAUCAAAAGUUUCGAUUUGCAAGUGGCAAACUGGCGGAUAGAGAGUCUGGGACGCGACUCGGAAUCCGGCUCGGAUGAAGAGUUCUUCGACUGUGAAGAUUCAUCCUCGCUGGCAAAGUGGAGCUCUUUGGAUUUGUUAACUGAAGAAGACGCUGACACUACCUCACCGACGGUCGUGAUUGACAAAAACGACGACAGCAUAUUCUCGCCAACAUUCCUGCAACGCGUGGCAAGUGAACGCAGCAAUCGGAAGAUGAUGCAAAGAGGCAAAGUGAAUUCUCUCGAUGCGUCAUGUCCGGAGUCUCCGACUGCGUCUCCCGCACAUCUUCCAUGCAAUACCACAGUAUUAUUGUUAGUGCUUCACGCUGGAAGUGUCCUAGACGCGAAUAUCGACAUGGCUGCGAAGAAAUCCGAUGUUACCACCUUGCGUGGGGCCUUCGAAUCGGUUAUGCGACAGCAUUAUCCAUCGAUGCUGGGGCAUGUUGCGAUUCGAUUGGUCUCGUGUCCUUCUAUCUGCACUGAAGGCCUUGCAAUUCUUUCUAGUCUUAGUCCGUAUAGUUUCGAUGUUUCGCCUUCGUGCAUAGAUGUACCUCAAAUUACACACGACUCCAUUCCGAUUGGGGCUAUUCCAAUUUUGGCCACUUCGACUUCUGACUACCAAGAAGCUGUUUCACGGACAAUCAAUGCCGCAAAUGCCACUUAUCAAGAGUUCUUAAAGUCAGAUGAGGGCCAGGGUUUUGCCGGACAAGUGUGCAUUGUUGCCGAUUCUAUCGGUUCAAUAUUAGCCUAUGACGCGUUAUGUAGGUCGACUAAAUACCAGUCGAGGCAUGGUAGUGAGAACAGUAUUUUAGACAAUGAUAAUUACCACAAAGGCAAGUCAAAUUUUGGUGUUUCAACAUGUAAUGAUUGCUUUUUAGACGAGGUGCAAAUCAACGAAACUGGAUAUUUGACGGCACCUUCUCCUCGCAGAAGAUCUUCAUCGACAAGCGAUCAAUCCAAUCAGAUGAAAUUCGAGUUUGACACAACCGAUGUCUUCAUGUUUGGUAGUCCUCUAGCGUUAGUUUUAGCGUAUAGAAAAAUUGCAGCAACCGAUGAUAAAUCUAGUACCAUAACCCGUCCAAAUUGUGUGCAAGUUUACAAUUUGUUCCAUCCCACUGAUCCAGUAGCUGCACGUCUGGAACCACUUUUGUCGGCACGAUUUUCAAUACUGCCGCCGGUGAAUGUCGCUCGAUAUGCGAAGUAUCCCUUGGGAAAUGGGCAACCCUAUCAUUUACUCGAAAUUCUUCAAACUAAUCCUCAGAUGUUUAAUGAUUCUUCACAACAUAGACGAUUAUCUGAGGUUUCUAUACAAAGUACAGUUUCUGGAUUAAUUGAUAAUAUACCUCUUCAAGCUAUUAAUGCUUUGCAACAAAAAUGGUGGGGUGGAAAACGAAUGGAUUACGCGUUAUAUUGCCCGGAAGGCUUGUCAAACUUUCCCACCAACGCACUACCACACUUAUUCCAUGCAAGUUACUGGGAAAGUUGCGACGUGAUUGCUUUUAUUUUACGCCAAGUUGGCGGUAUUGAAGCUGCACCACUGUCAGGUGUUGAGGACAGAGAAUUAUGUUUCAAACCAGGACAACCUCGAGAGAAAUGGAUAAAAAAACGAACGUCGGUAAAAGUGAAAAAUGUCACAGCGAAUCAUCGGGCAAACGAUAUAAUCGUGCGAGAAGGGGCCCCUCAGGUGUUAUCAGCAAGGUUUAUGUACGGGCCACUCGAUAUGGUUGCGUUGACCGGCGAAAAAGUCGACAUUCAUGUAAUGAAGGAUGUGGCGAUAGGAGAAUGGGUUCAGAUAGCUACAGAAGUGACGGAUAAAACCGGAAGAAUUACUCAUACAAUUCCGGAAGAAAAAACAUUGGGUUACGGAUUAUAUCCUAUAAAGAUGGUGGUGAGGGGUGAUCACACUUCCGUCGACUUUUUUAUGGCUGUAGUUCCUCCAAAAACCGAAUGUGUGGUAUUUAGUAUUGAUGGCUCUUUUACUGCCAGUAUGUCGGUGACAGGAAGAGAUCCGAAAGUUAGGGCGGGGGCCGUCGAUGUCGUUAGACACUGGCAAGAACUUGGUUACCUCAUCGUUUACAUAACAGGACGACCUGACAUGCAACACCGAAGAGUUGUGUCAUGGUUAUCUCAACAUAAUUUUCCUCAUGGUCUCGUGUCGUUUGCUGAUGGUCUUUCAACUGAUCCUCUAGGACAUAAGGCUGCUUAUCUUAAUAACUUAAUCCAAAAUCAUGGUGUAAUUAUCCAUUGUGCAUACGGUAGUAGUAAAGACAUAAGUGUAUAUACCUCAGUCGGACUGAAACCCAAACAAAUUUUCAUUGUCGGUAAAGCAUCAAAGAAACAACAUGCUCAAGCAACAAUCCUAGUAGAUGGCUAUGCCGCCCAUCUUACCAUCUUGAUGGCCCACGGAGGCUCGCGGCCAGCUCAAGGCAAUGCCCGGAUGGUUUUACCACGGGGCUAUUUCGGUCUGCCAGGUCAAAGUUUUAAUCGAAGGAGAAGCCGUUCCGCAAAAAGAGCCACAUCUUAUCCGAUCGCCACCGAGGUUGUUACUCCACUGGAAAGAUCACUAAGUUCUCGACGGUAUCAAUUGCCAAAACCUACGCUUUCAACUAUUGGAAAUCAUAGUUCCGGAUAAAGUAGCUCCCAGCGAGCUUGAAAAUAUAUAUAGUAUUAUAAAAAACACUUAGAUCUUGCCAUUGUUUAUAUUUUUCUACCUUUAACACAGAAAAAAAUAUACUAUGAUUGAAAAGUGUUGUUGUCGGCUGUUACAUUGGAACAAAAGUAUUUUUUGUAACAUUGCGUUUCUGCUAUUGUUACAUACAAUGAACAAGUAAAAGGAAUAAAUAGAUUAUUAAUGUUGGCAAUUUUUCCUUUAUGUACUUACAUAUCUUUUUAUGUAAUUUUCUUUACGUAAUUACACAAAUGUGAUUAUAUACUGUUCCAGAAAGCGUAAUAUGUACUUAAAACUAAGGAAUAAUUAGAUAAUUUAAAUAAGAUAUAUCUAAAGAUGCUUGUUCAUUGUUAUAAAUGUGUUGUGUAAAUAACCAUUACUGUAAAAUAUAGAUAGAAAAAUAAUAAAAAGUAUAUUUUGAAA